AUGGAAAAGCUGCAACUUGAUUUAUCAAGAAUUCCUAUUUGGGUUCACCUAUUUAAUGUUCCCCUUGAAUUGUUUAACUGCGAAGGCCUUAGCUAUAUUGCUAGUGCCAUAGGUUACCCCAUUUCAAUGGAUUCUAUCACCGCCUCUAAAUCUAGGUUAGAGUUUGCAAAAAUUUGUGUUGAAGUUGGCCCGUCUGAAGCUAUUCCUAAGUUUGUUGAUGUUGUUCUUAACAACGGUAAAACAGUCUCGAUAGUUGUCGAAGUACCGUGGAUGCCUCCUUGCUGCAAAUACUGCAAUGUGUUUGGACACAGUGUUAAAGGAUGUAAGCAAAAUCCUAUUCCUCAAACCUCAACAAUGGUUUGGAGGAAAAAAAAAUUUGCCACUUCAACCCCACUGGAUUCUGAAAUUGUUUGCACUGAACAUAAACAAAAUGCAACGUCUGUUGAUCCUAAACCUUCUUUGAACAUAUCUUCUAAGGAUUUUGAAGGUAGUAACCAUUCUUCCUUAGAGUCAAAUCAUUCUGUUAACGACUCUGAUGCUUCGCCUGAACCCAUUCAACAAGUCUCUACUAUGGUUAAUGAUCAAGAAACUUCUACUGAUCUUAAUGAAGAAGAGAACUCCAUAAUUCCAUAUCAGCUAGGUAAUUUUGCUGAUACAAUUUCUGCUCCUACUCUCCUUAAUAAAAGGAAUAGAGGAAGGCAUGCUAAAGCUCAUGAUGCAUUAACAGGGUCCAGUAACCGUUUUGAGCUACUGAACACGAUUAAUGAGACUCUCCCUACCUCAGAGAAUCAAGGGAAAAAAGUAAGAGCAGCUGCUUCUGGUGUUGCUGUUUUGAUCAAAGAACUCAAAAUAAAAAAGAAGUCUCAUCUUGAUAAAUCUAAGGGUUCUUCAGUAGGAAGUCAAGGAGGGGAACCGAGCUCCUCAUCCCAAGGAAAAUGA